AUGCCUAAUAUCGAAACCAGUAGGGGCGACCUAAUUGAUUUUGAUAUAAGUGAUAAAUCAAGUUGCCCCAAAUCACAACAUCCGCCGGUUGAGGAAGAACCAGAUUAUUUGGAGCAGUCGGAAGAAAUAGAUCAAUGCCCGUCCUAUGCACGUGCAUUUCGUGAAAAUACAAAAACAGGUAAGAAAUCUGCCAUUAAUUCUCAAACAUCCAGUCGUACUAGACGUGCUAUUCGAACUCCCGAACAUUUGAAAGAUUACAUUUGCGUAGUGAAAAUGAAUACUCAACAACUCUAUCAUGAUCAUGAUGAACGCAGCCAGUACACAUGUGAUACGUGUGGAAAAAGUUACAGCAGCAAAAGUAACGUGAAAAAACAUAUCCAUGAAAAGCACAAUAAAUAUCUGGAGUACUAUGCUUGUACAGAGAAGUGUGACGGGCGCUUCGUAAGACGUUCAUAUCUGUCGCAACAUCUGAAGAAACAUCAUGGAUUGUCUGAUACUAAAUCAAAAAGGCGGAGUCGACGUGUAAGAAAAGUUUCACGCAGUGCGGAUAACUAUUAUAUUGAUAUCAGUGAUGGAGAAAGCUUUUUUUGA